GUUGAAGCAAAAAAAUACGUAAAACUUCUUAUCGCCCUUAGAUAUUAAUCUAAGUUAUCGCCUUGAUUUUAACAUCAGUCUCUUUCAAUAUGUCGUGGUCGAAAUUGCACAAGAACUGCAUCAUUGCGGGCCCACUAGAAGCAUUAUGCUUGGUCUGCGAGAUUCCCAUAAAAACACAGUCCGAACUGGAUACUCAUGUAGAGGUAGACGUUCAUCUGAAAGCCUUAAAUGCUGCACCGUAUAUUGAGAAGUAUAAACCUCAUAACAUCAGAAAGGUCACAUUAGGCUACUACUGUGAGUUUUGCAAUCUCGUACUUAGUACUCCUGCAAAGGUCAAUCUGCACAUUACUAUACCAGAGCAUGAGCAAAACCGUGGCUUCCUUCUGAUUAAGCGAGUCAAUGAUUCAGUGAUCGUGUUCGAUGACAUUUCCAUAAAUCAUAGAUCCUGGAAUGGCUUUGUGGAAGAUACUUGUGCUAUAUGCAAUGUUGAAUAUUAUGAUGAGUUUAAACAUCUUAACCUGCACAGUCAUAUUUUCAACUUAAUCACAAAGAAAAUUGAGUUUUUGGGAGAUAACAUGGUAUACCGAAAUAUUGAUGAAAGUUCUUAUCAAUGUAUGGUUUGUAAUCUGGUAUUGGCGUCCAGUACCUUAUCGACUCACAUUGAGCAACCAGGUCAUAUAAAAAUGGUGGAGAAAUGUCGCGAAGCCGGUCGUGCCAUUCUAAACCUUAAAAGUGGUACCGAUCAUGCCACAACGAACACUGGAAAGGAUGCCGCUCGUGCCACAACGAGCAUUGGAAAUGACCCUGGUCGUGCCACGACGAGCAUUGGAAAUGACGCGGGUCGUGCCACGACGAGCAUUGGAAAUGACGCGGGUCGUGCCUUCCUGAACAUUUUAAAUCCGCCGGAAAAAAAGAAAGCUGACGAAAAGAAAAAAACUGACAGUAAGACUAAGAAAAAUGAAUCGAAGAAAUCUCAAAACAAUACUUAUAUGGAAAAUGAAACAUUCAUAUGCGGUGUCCUGGGUGCUAAAAACUAUAUCGUCUCGCAGGACGAUGGAAAGAGCAUGUGCCUACUGUGUGAUUGGAGCAUGGAGACAUCUGCGGCCGCCGCGCACGUGGCAGGUCGACACCAUAUCACUAUCCUAAAAAUGCACAAAGAAAGGUUGGACAGAAUGAGCAAAGAUGAAAAUUCUGAGCCAGACAGUGGGAAUGCUGGUGGUAGCAGUGCAACUGGCAAUCAAAAAGUCAAGCCCGAGCCUAAAGAUAAGCUUGAUAGUGGAAAAGCUAGCGCUGGAAAGGCAGCUGGCGAUGAAAAAGGCAAAAUUAAGGAAGCAUCCCCUAAACUCCAUAAGAACGGUCUAAAUACUAACAAGAGUGAGACUAAAGAUAAGCCAGAAAUUGGAAAAACUAGUGAUGAAAAGUCAGCUGAAGAAAAAGGCAAAAUGAGGGAUUCUUCGCCUAAACUCCAUGACAAUGGCGGUAAUAUUAACAAGCCUGAGCCUAAAGAUAAGCUAGACAGUGGAAAUGCUAGUGGUGGAAAGGCAACUGCUGAUGAAAAAGACAUUGGAGGAUUCUUCAAGGAUUCUUCGCCCAAACCCCACAACAAUGGUCUAAACGUUAACAAGUCUGAGCCUAAAGACAUCUGUAGGCGCCUACCAGAGAGUGAAAAUGCUUGUGGUGGCAGUAAAACUGGCGACGAAAAAAACAACAUCAAGGAAAACAUUGGCAUCAACAUUGACAAGUCCAACUCUGAAGAUGAGCCAGAUACUCAAAAUGCUUCUGCUGUGACUGCUACUAGCAAUGAUCGAGACGUAAUUAUUGAUUUGUAUGAAGAAUUCCAAGCCUAUGGUAUAAGUGUUAACUUUGUGACUAACAUAGCAACAUGUAAGAAGUGCUCAAAAACAAUGGAUCUAAAAUUCACUGCAAUUCGGCAACAUAUUAAGGAACACUAUGAUGCGUUGCCAAGGCCCUUGUGUAGGAAGGCACCAGAAGUGGAAGAUGACAUACAAAGUUUUUUGGAUUUAAAUAGAAUAAUAAUUAUAGAAGGCGGGGAAAGGCAUUGCGAGCUGUGCCGAGUCAACCUCCCCAUUUCGUUGAAAACUGUGAAACAACACGUUAAUGGAACGCGGCAUCUAAACAAUUUAGCAAUUAGGAGUGGUAAUAAUCCGGCGGAGCUAGUGCCCCAAUUUCACAAGGUGAAAUUGAGAGACUACGUCACUUCAAUGAUGGGUUUGGAGGACAGUAUAAGGAAAGAUGUAAUUCUCAACGAGAAGUUUGACAUCACCAUGAUGAGUUAUUUGUUGAUGAGUUCCGUGAGCUUGAGAUGUUACAUUUGUGAUGAGGAUCUUGAACGGGGGCAAAUUGACGCACAUAAGGUGUCCACGGAACACAUCACACGUGUGGCCGAUUCUAAGGUGCUUGUGUCGUUGGAAAACGAGUUUGUGCGAGAGUUGCGUCGCAACUCCUACCACUGCGGGAUUUGCAGCUGGGUGUCGAUCAACUGGACGGGAAUGAAUGAGCACCUCAAGUCGCGGACCCACGUUGACCAGAAGUACAACAUGAAGUGGCGUCUGGCGCAACAUCUCACGCAGGUCGGGUCAUUAGAGAAAGAUUAUUUAAAUUGGGUAAUAUGCGAUUCGCCUAUUUAA